UCUGCCCCACUCCCCUAAACAAACAAAGAUGAGAACUCAUUUCAUCUGACUUUUACCUGCCCCGUGAACAACGGCACCAUGGAUCUGGCGUACGAGCUGCCCAAUGUCACUGAGUUCUGGUUCUCCUCGGCCUCCCAGUUCGACAACUUCUCCACGGAGAUGUCUGCCAACGCCUCCCAGAACACUACGGGCCAGCAUUUUGACCUGACCAGCAACGCCAUCCUUACCUUCAUCUACUUUGGGGUGUGCAUCAUAGGCCUGUGCGGCAACACCCUGGUGAUCUACGUCAUCCUCCGCUAUGCCAAGAUGAAGACCAUCACCAACAUCUACAUCCUGAACCUGGCUAUCGCAGAUGAGCUCUUCAUGCUGGGGCUACCGUUCCUGGCCAUGCAGGUGGCUCUGGUCCACUGGCCCUUCGGCAGAGCCAUCUGCCGGAUUGUCAUGACGGUGGAUGGGAUCAACCAGUUCACCAGCAUCUUCUGCCUGACCGUCAUGAGCAUCGACAGGUAUCUGGCUGUGGUCCACCCCAUCAAAUCCGCCAAGUGGAGAAGGCCCAGAACGGCCAAGAUGAUCAACGUGGCCGUGUGGGGCGUUUCCCUUCUGGUCAUUAUGCCCAUCAUGAUUUAUGCCGGGAUCCAAAACACCCAUGGAAGGAGUAGCUGCACCAUCAUCUGGCCAGGCAAGUCCAGCGCGUGGUACACAGGGUUCAUCAUCUAUACCUUCAUUCUGGGCUUCCUGGUGCCCCUCACCAUUAUCUGCCUUUGCUACUUGUUCAUCAUUAUCAAAGUCAAGUCCUCUGGGAUCAGAGUGGGCUCCUCCAAGAGGAAAAAGUCAGAGAAGAAAGUCACCAGGAUGGUCUCCAUUGUAGUGGCAGUCUUCAUCUUCUGCUGGCUUCCCUUCUACAUAUUUAACGUCUCCUCCGUCUCCGUCUUCAUCAACCCCACGCCCUUCCUCAAGGGUAUGUUCGAUUUCGUCGUGGUCCUCACCUAUGCCAACAGCUGUGCCAACCCCAUCCUCUAUGCCUUUUUGUCCGACAACUUCAAGAAGAGCUUUCAGAACGUUCUCUGCCUGGUGAAGGUCAGUGGCAUGGAUGAUGCGGACAGGAGCGACAGCAAGCAGGACAAAUCCAGGCUAAAUGAGACCACGGAAACUCAAAGGACUCUGCUCAAUGGUGACCUUCAGACAAGCAUCUGAGAGGACUCCAGGAUUGCCCUUCUCAGCUGUCCUUUUUCCUCCUUCUCCCCACUCCUUUAUAUGGCAGUAGCACAUAGCAAGUCAGGUCAAGAGUAGUUUGUCUUUGUUUGCUUGUCUUAGGGGAUGGUAAUGCGGGGACAGGGGCCUGGACCAGGAGUAGCCUCUCAGCAGAAGGCAGGUAGGUUUUGAAUAUUCAGAAAGAUGCUGCUCAAAUGCAACUUCAUACAUGGAAAAAACAGACACACACACGUGUGUUUAAAUAUAUAACAUGAAGUCAUGGGCCAAAUUCAUUCCUGUUGCAACUGCAUUGGCUGCACUGGUGUUACCCCCAGGGAUGCGUUUGGACAUACAGAACAUGUUCACACAUCUCUAACCACACCCAUGUAAAUGGGCAAAUUCAGUAGAGUUGCACAUGUGUAACUGAGGGCAGCACUUGGAGGCAUUUCUGCUAGACUUGGUUACACAUACCAACAUGCUCCAUACAGCAUAGAUCAUAUAUGUCUAGACAGAGCUAUUCAUGUCUCUUUCUUUGCAAAGCGGGAGACUCAGCUGAAAAUGAGAGAGAGAGGUCUUAAGAAUCAGAGCACACACACACACACACACACACACACAGAGA